AUAUAUUUGAUUCAGUUUGUAGAAGCAAUCCAGAUGCAGCAGAAUAUUUAAGUUUUACGUCUAUGAGAUGUAACAUGCGACGUGAACGUACAAAGAGCCAACCACGUGUACCUGAUACAUUGGCAUCAUUAUAUGAUAUUCUAAAAAACUCUGACAUAAUUGAAAAUAUUUAUAAAGAAAAUAUAACUACGUCGAAUGGAAAAACUGCAAUAAUUUUAUCAACCAAUUAUUUACUAGAUGCAUUAGCUUCUACUACUGAAAUUUACGUAGAUGGAACAUUUUCUGUUCUCCCCCGCAAGCCUCAUAUUGCACAGCUUUACACUGUACAUAUACGAUACAUGGAUACAGGCAUUGCAACAUUAUUCGUAAUGAGUGAUGUACGUACAACAACUUUAUAUGAUGCUUUAUGGGACAAAAUUAUAGAACUUGUGCCACAACUUAAACAAAAUAUAAAAUUUAUUAUGAGUGAUUUCGAAAUGGCUGCAGUGAAAUCAUUAAAUAAAAAUUUUACUACAGCUAAAUUAACUGGAUGUUGGUUUCACUUCAAUCAGGCUGUUCUGCGUAAAUGGCGAAAACUACACCUCUCAAGUGCUACAAAAACUGUACUGUCAAUGACUAUGACAUUGCCUUUGUUACCACCAGAAAAGUUUCAAGAAGCUUUAUCCAUCAUACAAACUGAAGCUGACUUAUUGUCAAAUGAAUAUCCACAUAUUUUACAAUUUAUGUCAUAUCUGAGACUUACCUGGUCCAACAUGGCAUCAAAAAUUAGUACCUACCGUUGUCCUGUACGUACUAACAACAUAGUGGAAAGUUUCCAUAAUAUCGCAGUACAAAAAAUAGGAACAAGGAAUACAAAUGUAUGGACAUUUUUAGAUAAAUUAUCACAUUUGAUUACUGACCAAGAAUUAGAUUUACGUCGCUUAAAGAAUGGUAUUAGACCUCGACGACCUCGUACAAGAGCAAAUAGGGAACUCGAUUCUAAAAUUAUAAAUGCGCAAGAGGACCUAGUUAGUGGAAGGUUGUCACUGAAGGAAUUUUUAUUAAUGUUUACCAGAAACAAUAUGUUUCAAAUGGAACAAAUGACAUUAUUAGAAGAUAUCAAUAUAAAUGAUGAGCAUGUUGUAGACGUGGAGUUAUUUUCGGAUAAUACAGAAGAAACCUUCCAUACAUGGGGACAAAAUAUAAGACGCAGACGCAGACAUAGAAAUUUACCUAAUCAAAGAGAGAUAAACAAUAUACAUGAAACAAGUGCAGAUAGCAAUAGAGAGAGUUCUUCCCGUAUAGAGACAAUAACGCAUGAGCAACUUGAAACAAAUAUUGCUAAUACAUCUAAUCAAGAGGAGGAAACAGAUGCAGUCGGAGAAGAGGAAACCAUUGUACUUGAAACAAGUUUAGAUAAUGAUGGAAACAGUUCUAGUGUACAGACAACGCAUGAGCAAUCUGAGAUAAACGUUAUUACAGAAGAUAAUUUUAACGGAACAGAAAAUGACGAAUGGAUAUACGAAGUACCCGAAGAUGAUUAUUCAUCUUUACUCGACAAUAGUGCCUCUACAGAAGAAGACUUUCCAUACCACACUGUGAAUUGGAAUCUCGAGGAUAAUCAAAAUACUUCAGAAGAAGUAUCUUCUACAGACACUUGUACGGUGUGUCUUGCUAACGAACGCACACAUGCUUUCAUACCCUGUGGUCAUCACGCUUGUUGUCAUCAGUGUAUUGAACGUUUAGAAAGUUCUCGAUGUCCAAUUUGCAAUACAAGAUAUAGCAGCUGUAUAAGAAUUAUUAAUGCAUAAUUAUUA